GUCACUUUCCAAAUAAGGCCAUGCCUUCAGCUGGAACUUUGCCCUGGGUCCAGGGGAUUAUCUGUAACGCCAACAAUCCUUGCUUCCGCUAUCCGACACCCGGGGAGUCUCCAGGCAUUGUUGGAAAUUUCAACAAAUCUAUAGUUUCCCGGUUGUUCUCAGAUGCCAAACGAUUGCUGUUGUAUAGCCAGAAAGACACCAGCAUUAAAGAUGCACAGAAACUUGUGGGAAAGCUGCAUAAAGCUGGGAAAUCUGUGUCAGGUAUGAAACUCCGGGAUUUUCUGAUUGCCAACGAGACAUUCUCAGACUUCCUUCAUCGUAAUGCUUCCGUACCAAGAUUUGCGGUGGACGAAAUACUGAAUUCUAAGGUCAAUCUCCAACGGAUCGUUACAUCUGGGUACCAGAUGAGAGUGAAAGACCUUUGCAAUUCAACCAAGCUGUCAGAGUUUCUCAUCAUCCCAAAUCCAGCAAUAGCCAUGGCUAGUGAUGCCUUCAUUUGCUUCAUGCCUAAGGAUAAACUUGCUUCUGCAGAGAAGGUGUUGCAGGAUAAUCUAGAUAUCAUGAAGCCAUUUAUGAAAGGGAUCACCUCCAACUCCACUUUACAGGGUCUGAAAGAAGCUGCAGAGACUUUGUUGGAGAGCUUCGGAAAGCUCCUGAAAGAGCUCGUGAGCAUAAAAAGCUGGAGUGACAUGAGGCAGGAAGUAUUGUUCUUGACCAAUGUGAACCACACUAGUUCUUCUACCGAAAUUUACCAAGCAGUGUCCCGUAUUGUUUGCGGCCAUCCAGAAGGAGGGGGGUUGCAAAUUAAGUCUCUCAAUUGGUUGGAAGACAGCAAUUACAAAGCCAUCUUUAGUGUCAAUAACACAGAUGAAGAGGUAGCUGAUUUCUAUGAUAACUCCACAACACCCUACUGCAAUGACCUCAUGAAGACUCUGGAAUCCAGUCCACUUUCCCGCAUUAUAUGGAGAGCCUUGAAGCCUUUGCUUGUAGGAAAAGUCUUGUACACACCUGACACACCAGCUACAAGGGCGGUGAUGUCUGAGGUAAACAAGACAUUCCAGGAGCUAGGUGUCUUCCGUGAUCUCGGAGGGAUGUGGGAAGAGAUAAGACCGAGGAUACUAACUUUCAUGGAGAAAAGACAGGAAAUGGACGUGGUUCGGACUUUACUAAAGAACAAGGACCUCUGGCGCCACUACUUGGAAGGUUCAAACUGGACGGUUGAGGAUGUUGCUGUGUUCUUGGCAAAAUACCCAGAGGAUGUUCAGACAGUGAAUGGCUCAACCUACUCCUGGAGGGAUGCUUUCAACGAGACAGAUCGUGCUGUUAUGACUAUUUCCCGAUUCAUGGAAUGUGUCAAUUUGGACAAGCUGGAACCUGUGCCAAACGAGGUGCGUCUUAUCAACAAGUCCAUGGAGCUGCUGGACCAGCGGAGAUUUUGGGCAAGCAUCGUCUUCCCUGAAGUUGCUCCUGGCAGCACAAAGUUGCCUCACCACGUCAAAUACAAGAUACGGAUGGACAUAGACAAUGUAGAAAGGACGAACAAAAUUAAGGACGGGUUCUGGGACCCAGGUCCUCGAGCGGACCCUUUUGAAGACAUGCGCUAUGUCUGGGGAGGCUUUGCUUACCUACAGGAUGUUGUGGAGCAGGCAAUCAUCCGAUCUCUAACAGGCUCUGAGAAGAAAACGGGCGUGUAUAUCCAGCAGAUGCCGUACCCCUGUUAUGUGGAUGACAUUUUCCUGCAUGUCAUGAGCCGAUCCAUGCCUCUCUUCAUGGUCCUGGCUUGGAUUUACUCCGUGGCGAUAAUCAUCAAAGGGAUCGUGUACGAGAAGGAAGCCCGACUGAAAGAGACCAUGAGGAUCAUGGGGCUGAACAACGGCAUCCUCUGGCUCAGCUGGUUCAUCAGCAGCCUCAUCCCCCUCCUCUUGAGCGCCGGGCUCCUGGUGCUGAUCCUCAAGAAUGGGAACCUGCUGCCCUACAGUGAUCCCAGCGUGGUGUUCGUCUUCCUGUCAUUCUUCGGCAUGGUGACCAUCUUGCAGUGCUUCCUCAUCAGCACCUUAUUCUCGAGGGCCAACAUGGCGGCAGCAUGCGGAGGAAUCAUCUACUUCACUCUCUACUUGCCCUACGUUCUGUGUGUUGCCUGGCAGGAUUAUGUUGGCUUCUCUCUCAAAAUAUUUGCCAGCCUGCUUUCUCCUGUAGCCUUUGGGUUUGGCUGCGAAUAUCUCUCCCUGUUUGAAGAGCAGGGCAUUGGAGUACAGUGGGAGAACAUCCUUGAAAGCCCCAUAGAAGAUGACAGCUUCAACCUGACCACUUCUUUUUACAUGAUGAUGUUGGAUACUUUUCUGUAUGGGAUUAUGACUUGGUACAUUGAGUCUGUUUUCCCAGGCCAGUAUGGCAUUCCCAGGCCCUGGUACUUUCCCUUCUUGAAGAGCUAUUGGUGCGGUGAGGAAUCUGAGCAGCAGCAGCUCCCUUCUGUCCGCACAGGAUCAUCUGAAAUCUGUGUAGAAGAAGAGCCAAGUCAUCUUAUCCUUGGAGUAUCCAUUCAGAGCCUGGUGAAGGUUUAUCGUGAUGGCAAAAAGCUGGCUGUAGAUGGCCUCACACUGAAUUUCUAUGAGGGACAGAUCACCUCCUUCCUGGGACACAACGGAGCUGGGAAAACAACCACAAUGUCCAUCUUGACGGGAUUAUUUCCACCAACCUCUGGCACGGCUUUUAUCCUGGGCAAAGAUAUCCGCUCUGAACUCAGCAGCAUUCGGCAGAAUCUAGGGGUCUGCCCUCAACACAAUGUCCUGUUUGAUGAGCUGACGGUGGAAGAGCACAUCUGGUUUUAUGCACGCCUGAAGGGGCUAUCGGAAAAGUUGGUGAAAAGGGAGAUGGAGCAGAUGGCUAUAGAUGUUGGCCUGCCUCACAAACUGAAAUCAAAGACAAGUAAACUCUCUGGUGGCAUGCAGAGAAAGCUUUCUGUAGCACUGGCCUUCGUAGGUGGCUCUAAAGUUGUCAUUCUGGAUGAGCCAACGGCGGGCGUCGAUCCUUAUUCUCGCCGAGGGAUCUGGGAGCUACUUUUAAAAUAUCGCCAAGGCCGCACUAUCAUUCUCUCCACGCAUCACAUGGACGAGGCAGAUAUCCUCGGAGACCGGAUCGCCAUCAUAUCUCACGGCAAACUGUGCUGCGUCGGCUCUUCUCUGUUUCUGAAGAACCAGCUUGGAACAGGCUAUUAUCUGACCUUAGUCAAAAAGGAUGUGGAUUCCUCACUAAGCUCCUGCAGAAACAGCAGCAGCACGGUGUCUUUCCUGAAAAAGGAUGACAGUGUCUCCCAGAGUAGCUCUGAUGCUGGACUUGGCAGUGACCAUGAAAGUGACACUCUGACAAUUGAUGUGUCUGCAAUUUCCAAUCUCAUCAUGAAGCAUGUCCCUGAAGCAAGGCUUGUAGAGGAUAUCGGCCACGAGUUAACCUACGUUUUGCCGUACCAAGCUGCCAAGGAGGGCGCUUUUGUGGAGCUGUUUCACGAGAUCGACGACCGCCUCUCUGACCUGGGCAUUUCCAGUUAUGGCAUUUCUGAGACCACUCUGGAGGAGGUAUUUCUCAAAGUGGCAGAGGAUAAUGGUGUGGAUGCAGAGACCUCAGAUGGCACUUUACCUGCUAGAAGAAAUCAACGUCCCUUUGGAGACCGCCAAAGCUGCCUUCGUCCUUUCACAGAAGAUGAUGCUCUUGACUCCAAUGAUUCCGACAUAGAUCCAGAAUCCCGAGAGACGGACCUACUGAGUGGGAUGGACAGCAAAGGAUCCUACCAGAUGAAGGGCUGGAAGCUGAUUCAGCAGCAGUUUGUCACUCUACUGUGGAAGAGGCUGCUGAUUGCCAAGCGCAGUAGGAAGGGCUUCUUUGCCCAGAUUGUUCUCCCAGCUGUCUUUGUUUGCAUCGCGCUCAUGUUCAGUCUGAUU